AUGGUACCAUUCACAUCUCUGCUCGUUGCUUCCUCCGUGGUUGUCAGUGUCUUCGCACACCCAGCUAACAUGAAGGAACUCAUGGUCCGAAGUGGAACUCCCAGCGCCACUGGAACAAACAACGGGUUCUACUACUCUUGGUGGACCGACAACGGAGCCUCAGCUACCUACACCAAUGGCCCAGGUGGGCAGUAUAGCAUCACCUGGGGUACAGGAGGCAAUCUCGUCGGUGGAAAAGGCUGGAAUCCGGGAUCACCUAGGUAUGUAAACAAAGCAUCAAGCUACAAUGUCAAUACCACUCACCCAGUACGUGUUACACGCAGAGCCAUUGCCUACACCGGCACGUACUCUCCAAAUGGCAACAGCUACCUGUCCGUGUACGGAUGGACCCGAUCUCCCCUGAUCGAGUACUACAUCGUCGAGAACUUCGGAACGUACAACCCCUCCACCGGAGCCACCAAGAAAGGCAGCGUCACGAGCGAUGGCUCAACGUACGACAUCUACGAAUCGAUCCGCACCAACCAGCCUUCGAUCGAUGGGAAAGCGACGUUCAAGCAGUACUGGUCCAUCCGCGCCUCGCACCGCUCCAACGGCACCGUCAACACGAAAGCGCACUUCGAUGCCUGGGCUGCUCUGGGCAUGAAGCUUGGCACUCACAACUACCAGAUUGUCGCCACGGAAGGCUACUUCAGCAGCGGGUCUUCCUCGAUCACCGUGUCGGAGGGCACGGUCUCCGGUGGGGAUACUACGCCGGCGGUUAAGACGACGUCUUCGGCGGCACCUGCUCCUAAUAGUGGGACUGGGACUGGAACUUGUGGGGCUAUGUGGGCGCAAUGUGGUGGGAGCGGGUGGGCGGGUGCUACUUGCUGUAGCUCGGGGACUUGCAAGACGCUGAGUACUUGGUACUCUCAGUGCUUGUAA